UGAUAUCUUUACAAGUGAAAUGAUUAACAGCUCUCAAAGUGAUUCUCUUGAAAGAUUAGCUGAUUUACUUGAUUACUUUUUCAAAGGUCUCUGUGUGAUUGGCUUUGUAACACAAUUAACUUACGUUUUAAUACGUUUCUUUGAUUACGAGCAUUUAACUUUCGUUAUUUUCUCUGUACCAGAGGAAACAACUCUACCUGACGUUUUCUUUUGUUCAGAUUUUCUUACAUUUAUUAAUUUCACUCUUCUCUUUCAAAAGUAUCCAAAACUGAUCAGUAUUCUUGGUCUACCAAGGAAUCCCUUUAAUAAUCCAAGGAAAACAAUUAAAGAUCAAUUGUUAACUCGAUUUACUACUGAAAAUGUUUCUCAGUUAAUAGCCAGAUAUUUGACCAUCUCACAGGUCACUGAAUGUUUACUACCAAUGGAUCAGAUUUUCGGUACUUUGGACAUUCGAACUCAACUAAAUCAAAAUAUUAAUGAUCUGUGUGAGUUAAAAUUAUUCUAUCGUCGGUAUAUGUUGUGCUUUGUGUUCGUUUGUUCCAAAGAUCAUCCAAUCGUUGCAUCGACUCACGAUUAUUAUAAGCAACCAGUUGACGUGGAACUUUGGCUUCUUAGACUUAGACAAUCGUACUUCCGUUCGGUUGAUUAUCUUUUCAUUGGUGCAAGUGAACCCAAAAACUUACCUGUUAGUCCUUCAAGUAAAAUGGAUGUUCAAACGAUGACAGAUUAUCCGAGGGCUUUUCGAUAUCACUUGAAAACGGUUGAACUUCGUCUUCUUCCACCGCCAUAUGAAACAUCAUGCCGAGAUUACUCAAGAUUACAGUCUAAUUAUACCUCGAGAGACGCAGUAAUCGAUAGCUGUUUGACUCAAAAGUCAAUCGCAUCAACGGGAUGUCCACAUCCACUUUCACUACAGUCAAGUAAUUUGAAUUUACCUUUUGCCACUGAAUGUUAUGAUCGUAACUCUGGUAAUAUUACUUUCAGGCGGUUGAUUAAUUCAAUUGUUGAUGAUUGUAUUAGAGCCAAUUCUCAACCUGAUUGUAUUCAUCAAACUUAUUUUAUCCAAGGUCGUGCUCCAGUUACAAUUUAUGGUAAUUUCAGCACUUUAGUUAUGGAUGAGAUUAAAGAACCAGCGAUUGUUAUCAUUUACGAGCCCAUGCAAACUUGGCUCUAUGUUAUUGUUCAAAUCGGCUCAUGUCUUGGUACUUGGUUUGGCUUCUCGAUUCUUGUUCAUAUACCGAAAAUAACUCGAUUCAUAGUUUACAGGGUCAACUCAUUCCUUCAUUGUUCAAGGUGCUCUCAACAACCGAAUCGAUUGAAAUCCAAACGAAAACCAGAAAAUAUCUCCAAACUAUCGUAUUACCAAUCAUUGAGAAAACCUUUCAAUGGAAUCGCAAGUCCAAUCGAUCUUCAACCAAUUUCCUACGAACCACCAAAGAUCAGUAAUACAUCGAUUCUCACUCAUAAGCGGAGGCCAAAUAGAAGUCAUUCUCUCAGAGUUAAAAUAUCAUCGAAUCAUUCAAAGUAAUUUAUUCAUCACGAAAUUCACCAAUCGAUAGAAUCGUUUCCAAUUUCGAUAAAUAUUCAUUUCCAAACGAAAACAAAUAAGUUUUUUCAAUAUUCAUCUUCGCAAAUUGUAUUCACUUGAUUGUUGAACUAUAAUUAAAAAUUUGAUGAUCACAA